AUGGAGACGCCGGCAGCGCAGCCCUUGGCUUCCAUUGAGCGCGCACUACGCGCCUACAUCUCGAGUGAAUCGACAGUUCUGGAUGCUGAAGACCCCGCUCAGUUUCGGGCGCAGAUGCUCCGCCACGACGGCGAUGAUGGAGACCAUGGCCUACCAGUGCCCGUCACCACCGACAAUGUUCUCGUGGGCGUGUCGAGGGCUCCGUACGUGCAUCAACUGGCCGUGAUGAUCACCGCGUGGCACGAGACCGACCGGAACCCGCUGCUCCUGCCGUCAGACGCCACCGACGCUACAAGCCCCUCAAUCGAAGGCGUGACGCCAGAGUUCUCCAGUCGGAGUCGAGUUCUUGCACUCCCCAUCGACGGCAUCCACGCGUUCGUCGCCGCAGCCACCAAUACUGAAGAUGAAGACGCUACUCGUGCAGCUGCAGCGUCGCUUGUGGACCAACUCGGCGGCGCGCGUGGAAUUCUGACGCUGCUGGGCUUCCAGCAGACCGUGGGCAGUCGCAACCUGGGGCCACUCACGCUUCACCAAUGCCUCGAUGCAUUUGAACGGCGACACACUCCCACAGAGCCGCUAACAGUCGGUGCGCGGGCGUUCAGCAAGCAUUGCGCGCGCAGUUUGAGCGGCUGGUGGGGAGAGAUGAAGGGCAACGACGCCGCCAAGAACGCGCGUGCUGCGCGCAAAGUGCGCGAGCUGCUGGCUGAUGCCACUUGGAAGAACGUGCACAGUCUUCCUCAUGCACAUGCGACGAUGGAAGUCCGCAACGCGUUGGGGUACGGCGCCCGAUGGGACGCGGAGACCGGAGCGUUCCGAGGCUUCCUCGAGCCGCCCAUGGCCAAUGGCCAUGAGAUCAAGUGGCGGCACUAG